AGGAAAUCAAAAUAAGAUACGGCUAUGGAGACCUUCCUUCGUCUCCGCCCCAUAUCCAUCGCCGAUAAAUUCCUCAAUCCGACUACAAAGACCCCGUACCCGAAGUCGCCCUUCAAUACCGCUUUCACGACCCGGAAACCGUAUAGUACGUUGUCGACAUCGAUUACCAGAGCAGGUUGGCUUCUGGGACUCGGAGAAGAGAAGAAGACGAGCUUGCCAGAUAUCGUGAAGUCGGGUGACCCGGUUCUUCACGAACCGGCCAGGGAAGUUGAAAUUGAAGAAAUUGGGUCGGAGCGGAUUCAGAAGAUAAUUGAUGACAUGGUUAAGGUUAUGAGAACGGCUCCUGGAGUUGGCUUCGCUGCUCCUCAGCUUGGAAUACCUCUAAGGAUAAUAGUUUUAGAAGAUACAAAAGAAUAUAUUAGCUAUGCAACUAAGGAAGAGACUAAAGCUCAAGAUAGAAGACCUUUUGAUCUCCUGGUCAUUUUGAACCCAAAGCUUAAAAAGAAGAGCAACCGGACUGCACUAUUUUUUGAAGGGUGCCUGAGGCCUCUCAGAGGACACAAAUCAAAUUUGAAAAGUCAAGCUAGAAAUAAAGGGGAGACUGCUCAACCCAGUGUUGAUGGAUUCAGAGCAGUGGUGGAGCGGUACCUAGAUGUUGAGGUUGCAGGUUUGGAUCGUUAUGGCCAACCCAUCAAAAUAGAUGCUUCAGGCUGGCAGGCCCGUAUUUUACAACAUGAGUGUGAUCAUUUGGAAGGAACUCUUUACGUCGAUAAGAUGAUUUCUAAAACCUUUAGAACUGUAGAAAACUUGGACUUACCUCUUGCUGAUGGAUGCCCCAAGCUUGGUGUUCGCUAGUACUUUGGAGCUGGACAUAAAAUUUGAUAUGCAGUUCCGUGAGGGUUGAUGUUCCAGUACUGCUUCUGGAUGCAAUUGAGCAUGCUGGAAUUCAAGAUUCUUUGCUUAAGAUUGGAAGCUGUAUUUGUGUUAAACUUCAUAACUUGGAGAGUCGUAUUCCAGGCAAUAAGGUAGUGCUUCAAGAAUAGUUCAGCUCGUGUUGUGCAAGUGCUUCAAUAUUGGAAGUUACCAAAAAAAUGCACCACUAAAACUCACUACUGAAUGAGGAGGAUCAUAACUUUUCCUUUAUUUGUUUAUUCGUUUGAUCAUUCCAAAUGAAGCAUUUGUCUUUGUUUCUUUGGAAUUAUUGAAGAUGAAUGUGUUAGCUUGAAAGUUCUAUAAUAAUAGUCUUUUCUCUA